AUGUGUCGUCACCGCGCUUGAGUCCUGUGAAUGGCUAGAUAAACUGUCAGUCAUCUUUUCACCACUUGUUGCCAGGGAGAUUGUUUGAUGCCAGUAGAUAAAAUGCCUGUAGCGCUACCUGUCACUUUUUAGGGUAAACAGAGAUGCAAGUUUACUAGCUAAUGUGGCGACACCGCUUAUCCUUGCCAACGAGGCGAUCGUACGUGUGUAAUGGCUGUAGCCGGGCUCUCAAAACACAAGGUAGCCUCAGAGCUAACGUCGUAAGCGGCGGAGAGGAGGGAGGGACCCUGCCCGCCACCAAACGUUGUCGUUGGUGCGUGUGCUAGCCAGCCAGCCCAGCGAGCUUUCUCGACUCCCUCAUUCACCUUCAGCAGCACCCACAAGAAGUAGUUGUCCUGUCAAGGGUGGGGUGAUGCCUACUAAAGCUGUGUGUUCAACAUCUCUGGUCUGCUGAAUUCCCAAGAAUGAAAAGGCAUUGCGCGGUGCGAGCCGACAUCAGUUCUCUAGUCUUGGGAGGAUGGAGUGGCUGCAGUGGGCUAGCAAGUCCUGAUUUUUAUUUUUAUUUUUUUUAUUUAUUUUUUUAUUUUAUUUGACUAACAUGUGCUUAAUGCAAAUGUAGGAAUGGGAAGAUGAGAACCUUAUGAAGAACAAAGCUCUGAGCACAAACUGGACUCUCGCAUAAGUGGAAAGCCCAUCUUGGAUCUUAUAUGCCUUUUUAAACUUACAGAAUCCUGUUGAAGACCCUGACCCCUCACUGUCUGUAACCACUUUUUAUGUUCAUGUAUCCAUCUCCAUCUUCUAGUACUAGUACGGAAGUAUUGAUCCAAGGUAGUUGGCCCCGUUUGUUUUUGUUUUUUACGUUCACCUUUUGUUCCUUUGUAAAGAAAUGCUUUACCUGAAAAAGUACUUCACAGAGGGCCUGAUUCAGUUCACCAUCCUUCUGAGUCUCAUUGGGGUGCGGGUGGACGUUGACACCUAUCUAAGCAAUCAGCUGCCCCCACUGAGAGAAAUCAUCCUGGGCCCUAGCUCAGCCUACACCCAGACACAGUUUCACAACCUGCGCAACACGCUGGACGGCUAUGGCAUCCAUCCAAAGAGUGUGGACCUCGACCAUUUCUUCACCACUCGACGGCUGCUGAACCAGGUGCGCCAGCUGGAUCGCCUCUCCGUGCCCAGUACCGAGCUCAAUACCUGGCUGGUUCAUCGUGACUCUGAGACUGUGGUGUCCGCCAGCAGCCAGUCCAGCCCCAGCAUCACCCUGGACAAUGGGGCCGGCCUAGAGAACCUUGACAACCCUGACGCUACCCCGGCCAUGAGGGGAGGAAGUGGAGCACCUGAAUCCACAUACAACCUGAACGCAGCGGACAGCAGCCUGGGAGCUGUGGCCCUAGAGGGCAACCAGGAGCAGGGCAGCAGGGAUGGCAAUGACGACCUCACCAAAGAGGACAUUGACUUGAUUGACAUCCUAUGGCGACAGGACAUCGACCUUGGUGCAGGAAGAGAAGUGUUCAACUACAGCAACCGUCAGAAGGAGAGUGAGGAGGAGAAGCCUAACCCACAGGAGAACAAAGACGGGAAUGAGGAACAAGAGAGCUGGAGAAAUGGAGUAAACCUACAAGGGGCUCAGCCAGUAGACGGGGAGACUGGAGAGAGUAUUCCAGAGCCGCUCCCAGGUCUGGGUUCACAGACUUCACUGUCUCUACAAGAAUGUUUGAGGCUGUUGGAGGCCACUUUCCCUUUUGGAGAAGAAUCUGAGUUUCCAGCUCCGGUCGUCACCCCAGAAAUAGCAGUUUCCAAUGAAGAAGUUCCUUCUACAUCUCAGGGCCUCCCGCUGGCACCACAGCUGCCCCCAGCAGAGCCUCAGUUAGACCUGGAGCAGCAGUGGCAAGACAUCAUGGCCAUCAUGGAGCUACAAGCAAUGGAGGUGAACAACACUUCACUCAACACCAACUCCAGCAGUGUUAGUGGCACAAGCGAGACAACCGAGUCAAACACCGCGGGAAACUUUGGACUUUCUACUCGCUCAACGCCGAUAAACCAGGAUGUCAGCCUUCACCAGGCCUCCCUCCCCAGCUGCAGCCAAGACUUCCCCCAGAUUUUCAGCCCCCAGUUGGACUCUGUUAGCAUCACCCCAAGAACCACCAUGCUCAGACUUUCCUCCAGCAACUCCACCAACAUCAACUCCACAUUUGGAGCCACUAACCUGACUGGGAUCUUUCUUCCGCCACACAUCAACAGCACCAGUAACAACAUUACAUCCACACCUAUCCUGCCCGAUCCAUUCAGCACCUUGCUGGAGGAGUCCAUGCUCGAUGAGAUCAGCUUGCUGGACCUUGCCAUGGAGGAGGGCUUCAGCCAGGCCCAAGCUUCCCAGUUGGAGGAUGAGCUUGACUCAGAUUCUGGUCUUUCCCUGGACUCCAGCCACAGCCCGGCUUCGCCGAGCAGCUCUGAGACAUCCUGCUCCUCUGCAGCUUCUUCCUCCUCAACGUCCGCCACCUUCUCAGAGGAAGGAGCUGUGGGAUACAGCACAGACUCUGAGGUAGCCGCUGCAGAGACAGAGGAGGGUGCUGUUGGGGGUUACCAGCCUGGGUACAGUAAGCUCUGCCGUAUGAGCUAUCAGGACCCCUCCCAGUUCCACAGCCUCCCUCAGCUCGACAGCAUCAGCCACAAUCACACCUACAACCUGCCGCUUUCCUCCGCGUUCACCGAGCACCCGGAGCUCCCCAUUUCAACUGGGAAGAAGACUGUCCGCGAAAAACAGAGCUCAAAGCUUCAGCCUGCUCAGGACUUGCUCGACAAGCACUCCAGUCGCGACGAACGCCGAGCUCGGGCUAUGAAAAUCCCCUUUUCCAACGAGAAGAUCAUCAACCUGCCCGUUGAAGAGUUCAAUGAGCUUCUAGCCAAGCACCACCUGAGCGAAGCCCAGCUAGCCCUCAUCCGCGACAUCCGUAGGCGUGGCAAGAACAAGAUGGCGGCCCAGAACUGCCGCAAGCGCAAACUGGACACCAUCAUAAACCUGGAGCAGGGCGUCCAAGACCUGAGGCGCGACAAGGCCCGGCUGCUGAAGGAGAAGAUGGAGUUCAUUCGUUCCAUCCGGCAGAUGAAGCAGAAAAUGCAAAGUCUGUACCAAGAGGUGUUUAAUCAGCUACGAGAUGAGGAGGGCCGGCCCUAUCCUCCCAGCGAGUACUCGCUCCAGUACAGCGCCGAUGGCAGCGUGCUGAUCAUGCCCCGCGGCGUGACGACUGCUGAGCAGAACCGUAAGCCAGAGAAAAAACAAAAAGACAAAAAGAAGUGAGGGGGACAAACUGCUGUUUAUUCUAUCACUUUGCUAAAUCAAUAAGAAAGAUUUCUGCAGAUGCAAGAGAAAUGUCCUUUUUUCCUUUAAGAAGAUUCUGGUGAGUAGAAAAAUGGCAUUGUUGACUACUCUUCCCGCAUUAGUUUCUCCCUUUUCUUUUUGUUCCUACAUUUUUUUCCUGGAAAAACUUUGAAGCAGAAGUAGCUCUUCGUUUGAGUACUGAUAUUUCAUUAUUUAGAUGGGGGGAGAACAAUAAGCGAGGAGACGAGGGAUAUAAAAGGACAUAAAAUGAGCUAUUAGAAAAAUUUUAGCUGCUCUUGAUCCUUUUGCACCAAACCACUGAGGACGGAGAAGAUUUGUAGGGUAAAAGAAGGGACUGGUAUCGAGAAAAGUGGGAGUAAAAGAACACUGUCAACAAGGAUGGUUGGAAUACCUAUGCACUGAAGGUUUAAAGGACUAUCAGAUCACAUCCCACCCUGGAGACUCUUAGUGAUUUUCAUAGUCACUGAGGCUUUUAAGUUGCAAAUCUUCAGGCAAAGAAACAGUAUCUAUGGUUGUGAGAGUUUAGAUACCAAAGGCUAAAGGAAGUCCAUCAUUUUAGGAUGCCAUUAACACCUAUACUAACCAAAGGUUGUAUGGUGCACCUCACUUGACAUGAAUACAUCUUAAAAGCUCAGACACUGCACUCCAAUUCUGUAGGUUUGUAUCACAAAUUCCAGUUUUUGAGUCAGUUUGUGAGUGGCAUCUAAGUUCAGAGGGCCCCAGAGAGAUCGGGUUUGAUGUGUGGGAGGAGGAUGUUGAGAUGAGAGGGAGUCAGGGGCUGAGUGUUCCCGGGGUUGGCCACUGCUAAGAGGCCUGGAGGUGAAGUCCUGCAAGAGGAGGAGAUGGAGGUUUUAGGGAGGAGGCACACUGCAUUGCAAAAUGUAUCAGCUUCCUUAUAAAUUAUACAUAGCACUGUAAUUUGUCUUUAAAAGGCUUGGCUAUAUGCAUUUUGCCGUGUCUGUCGCUAUUCCUUCGCUGCAGGUUUAAAUACGGGAGCUGCGUUAAGGAAGGCUCUUAUUAACUGUUCAUAAUCUGUAGUAUAAGCAAGGUUAUAGGUCUAGCCACAUCAGCUUUACAUAAAAGUCUACACCCUCUUUGUUGAUUUUGAAAACGUUGCGCAGAACCUGUAAUCACGAGAGAAUUUAAGAUAUUAUGAUGAGCCGAGAGCUCCAGAGAGUACUGUAUGGUUACCACCAACUCCAGGCUAAUACAGGUCAUAGCUAUGGAUUAUUCGUUGUUGGUUUUUGUUUUUGUUUUUGUUUUGUUUUUUCUCUCAUGUGCCCCGUUUUAAGCAUUAACUUGAAACAGGCUGUUGUCGCUUGUGGUGUAGCGACUUACCUUUUAAGUAACUUAUUUGCCAACGUUACCCAAUUGAAAGCCACUUGAGGCAAUUUUUUAACUGCUGUAAAGCCGAGUUGUUUGGCUUAAAUAUUAUGAGUCCUAUGUUUUUAAGUUUUUGUGUUGAUAACAAAGUGAGCCAAGUUGUUACAUGAGAUAAAAGUCAAUUGAAUGCGUGAAAUGACAGUGUGUGUUGCGGCCACUUUGAUUUGAAUGCCUUUAUUUCACGAUCUCAUUAUCUUCACUUUAAAGGUUUUGAGAACUGAAGAAAAAUGUUCUCAAAGUAGAAGUGCUAUUACUUGUCUAUCUGAAUGAAGUUCGUCGGUACGUGUUGCAUCACCCUCUGUUUAAAAAAAAAAUAAAAAAUUAAAAAAAAAUAGUAAUAAUAAAAUUUAAAAAAUGAAAAAAAUAGGUCAGUUGUUGCAGCUGAGAUAGCAGUUAGGCUAGAAUAUUUACAAGAGGCUGAACAGAAUCCGCAACAUUAAGAUGAUGUCCAAAAAAUUGUUUUGAAAGGAGAAAUGUCCUCAUUAAAUGUGAUAUUCAGGCAUGAAACUCUGGUUAACAUUCACUUCAGUGUAACCCAGUGCAACACCGACUAUUUAGUACUGCUACUACUUAGUGCACUUUUUUUUUGUCUGUCUCGUUAUGUAAAUAUUUUCAUGUUUGUGUUUGUCAUGAUUUCUGAAGUUUGUCAAAAGUCUACAUAACAGUCUCACCCUCUGCUUUGAGUUUGGAUGUAGUUUCUUGUUUUGAGAUAUUUGCUGGCAAUCAAGAAUUGUUUUUAUUGAUUAAUAAAGUGUUUUUAUUUUCA